UUCCACUGGACGCGUGCACACCAGAACACUUCUUACAAACCUUUUCCUUCAGUUCACUGAUUGGGUGGGUGCAACGAAAACCGGGUAGAUUCUGAUCGGUCAUCGGCACACGGCCGGAGUACAACAUGAUCGUCUGCGUUGCCGUCGUCGGUCACCAGAACAAUCCGCUAUACAUACAGAGUUUCACCGAGGCCGAUGAUGCUCUCAAGCUCCACCACAUCGUCCAUUGCUCGCUGGAUGUGGUCGACGAGCGAGUGAACAAUCCUAAAAGGUCUGGGCCUAUGCUCAAUGAGACGUUUCUUGGACUGCUUUAUCCCAUCGAGAAUUACAAAGUCUAUGGAUAUCUAACUAAUACGAAGGUGAAGUUUAUAUUGGUGACCACUGAUCUGGAUGUUAAAGAUGCGGAUGUAAGAAAUUUUUUUAGGAGGUUCCAUGCGGCAUAUGUAGAUGCAGUUUCAAACCCAUUCCAUGUGCCAGGCAAAAAGAUAACCUCCAAAACAUUUGCAGAAAGAGUGAGCACAAUUGUCAAGUCAUUUGGCUUCAGUUCUGCUGGAUGAACAUUUUCAACUGGUGCGAGUUACGAUGCUUUGUCUAUAUCUGGCACAAAACUUUUCUUUCUAUUCUAAGUUCUUGCCUUGUAGUUUUAGCAUUGUUGGUAAAAUGUUUAGAGUUAGGAACAUUUUCAACAAAAUUCUAAGUUCAAAUUUGAAACCAUUGCAUUUGAUUUUACACAAAUUUGAGCUUUUAAUAUUUA